AUGCGUUUCUCUACUGCUUUGACUUCUGCCUUAGCUUUGUUACCAUUCGGUGCUACUGCCUUGCAAAACAAAAAUGGACCGUUCGUUUUGGAAUUGGAAAAGGAUUCGAUUUCAGAUCUAAAGAAUAAUUUCUUGACUCAAGUUGAUGCUGAUGUCUUCAACGGUUUGGCAAGACCCCUAAAGGGUGUCUUCGACGGGGUUGGUGAUAUCCUUGUCAGCGUUAUUGGCUUGCUUGGUGAAGUUGUUGGUACCGUUUUCUAUUUGUCUGGAGAUGGUGUAUUGUUCACGCAAGGUUCGGAUCCAUCUAAUGGUGUUCCAGGUUUCUCUUUAAACGACCAAGAUCAAUUGUUGUACGAAGGUAGACAGCUAUUGGGAGGUUUUGAAGGUCUAAACUUCAAAUUGAGUAAGGACUCUGAUGCCGCCAAGAGAGAUUUGAUUGACGACAUUAACCUUAACCUCUUCCUUCCGGUCUCUAUUAACGCUUUUGAUACCAACCCAUCUGCUCCAUCCCUUUUGUAA